AAUUCUGUUUCUUGUAUUCUCGUAGAAGUUGUGAUAGUGAAAAAUUAAAUGAAAGUAUUUUGUUGUUGAUGUUUGAUGAAAAUUGUAAUUGAAUAAGGAAAUCAUGAGUGUUUAGUAUAAUCAUGUUCAAGGGUGAAACAGAGUCUCCAGCUGAGUUAGAAUCCCAGUUUGUUUUGCGUUUACCUCCUGAACCCGCGAAAGUCCUUCGUGAAGCAGUUCGUAAUAACAGCAAUUUAAAAGAUCGAGUAAGCAUCAAAAUAGAGGAUGAUAUGAGACAUGGUGAGGUCCGAGUGGACCACUGGUUGAUGACUGCAAAAGUUGUAGAUUUGCCAACUAUUGUUGAGUCUCUCAAAACUAUUGAUGGAAAAGGUUUUUACAAAACUGCUGAUAUAUGCCAGAUGUUAAUUUGUAAAGAGGAAGAUGAUCAAACUACAUCAGAAAGAGAAGAAGACUCUCCACAGAAGAAAAAGAAAGAUCCAAAUAAAGUUGAAAAGAAAUAUUUGUGGCCACAUGGCAUAACUCCUCCAGCAAAAAAUGUCAGGAAGCGGCGUUUCAGGAAAACAUUAAAGAAAAAGUAUGUUGAAGCACCUGAAAUUGAGAAGGAAGUAAAAAGACUUCUUAGAAUUGACAAUGAUGCUGUUAGUGUGAAAUGGGAAGUUAUCAAUGAAGAAGAUGAGAAUAAAGUUAAUAAGGGUACAGUCAUCAAAAAAGAUCCAAGUGAACCUCCUAAAAAUGUUGCUGAACAUGAUAUUUUUGGAGGAGCUGUUAGUGAUUCAGAAGAGGAAGAUGCACAUCUGAAUGUUUUAGAUAUUCUGGAUGAAAACAGUCAGAACUCUGGGGAUGAUAGUCAUUUAACAGAUUCUAAUUCAGUUAACAACUCAGCUGAGUCGAAGUUACUGACUGAGUUCACUAGUGACAUGUUCAGAGAACUUCAAGGUUCUCCAAAUCUCAUUCAGGAUAUGGAAUAUUAUCAACAAUCAUCAUCUAGUUUAUCUUAUAGUGAGCAUCAAUAUAGAAUUCCUGUACAGAAAGCUAGUAUUCAGGCAAGGAUAGAACAAAUUGAUGCUGAACUGGCAGAUCUAAAAGCCAAACGACUACAGCAAGAAGUGAAAAUUGAAAAUAUAGAAAAUAUUGCUCUUAGACAGAGAUUCCAAGACAGUUUGGAAAGUCUACUUCAAGAUCAAAUUGAAAAGGAACAUGAGAGGUAUGACCUCACAGAGAUCUUGAAACAGGGUAUUGAUUGACAUAAUAUGGAAAAUGUUUAUAAUAUUAAUUGGUGAUUUUGUGAUGGGAUCAAUUGCCUAAAUAUUUAUUUGAAAUCUAUUCAGGUGUGUAUAUUUAUUAGUAGUGGUAUUUACAUGGGGAAGAAAUGUUUCAAUUUUUAUUGUCUAUUAUAUACACAGAUCUAAUCAUAUAUACUCAUUAGAUCUUUGAUUUUAUCUAUCAUUUAUAGUCUAAUUCAAAUACAAAAAUAUGUCAUGUUACAUUUACAAUUAACAUUAAUUAUGUACAGGCUAUUUCAAACAAUAAAAGGUAAAUUAC